UUGAUUGAGUUCAACUUAAGCUUCUACAGGGAAGAUAUUUCCAGCAGUUUCUGAAUGCAGUAGUUCUGAAGGAAGUUGAUCUCGGACAGAGAAAGUGUGAAGUAAAGACCAUGUCAGGGGUAGUCAGGAGACUUCUGGGGAGGAAGUGGUACUACUACAGACUCCUGGGCCGGGCCAGGCACAGACAGCAUGUUCGGUCACGGAGUCACUGCUGUGCUGCUAACAAAGAGUCACCCACUGACAGGGUGGGCCGGCGCCGCAGCAUGCCAAGCAGUACAGUGGACAAAACGGUGGUCGCCAUGGAUGCAGACACAUCAACAUCUUUUAAAGUCACGGGUUUCUUGAGCCGCAGAUUGAAGGGUUCCAUCAAACGCACCAAAAGCCAGCCGAAGCUCGACCGUCACAGCAGCUUCAGGAACAUCUUGCCGGGCAUCAAAAGCACGGAGAAUGACAGUAGAUCCCAUCUGAUGCCGAGGCUGAAGGAAUCACGGUCUCACGAAUCGUUGCUCAGCCCCAGCAGUGCAGUAGAAGCUCUAGAUCUCAGUAUGGAGGAGGAAGUGCUCAUCAGACCAGUGCACAGCAGCAUCCUGGGACAGGAUUUCUGCUUCGAGGUAACUACUUCAACAGGAAGUAAAUGCUUCUCAUGUCGGUCAGCUGCCGAGCGAGACAAAUGGAUGGAGAAUUUGAGACGUGCUGUGCAUCCCAACAAGGAUAACACCCGUCGGGUAGAAAACAUGCUGAAAUGUUGGAUUAUCGAAGCCAAGGACUUGCCGGCAAAGAAAAAAUACUUCUGCGAACUUUGUCUAGAUGACACGUUAUACGCACGGACUACCUGCAAACUCAAAACGGACAAUGUUUUCUGGGGUGAACACUUUGAGUUCAACAACCUGCCCUCAGUCAAGAGUAUCACCGUGCACCUUUACAAGGAAACAGACAAAAAGAAAAAGAAGGACAAAAAUAAUUACAUCGGGCUGGUCAAUAUCCCCAUAGCAGCAGUCACUGGGCGACAGUUUGUGGAAAAAUGGUAUUCAGUGAGCACACCGAAUCCCAAUAAAGGAAAGACUCCGGGUCCCAUGGUCCGAAUGAAAUCUCGAUACCAGAGCAUGAGUAUCCUUCCCAUGGAGCUGUACAAAGAGUUUGCUGAGUAUAUUACUAAUAAUUAUAUGUUAAUGUGCUCAGUGCUUGAGCCAGCACUUAGUGUGAAGAACAAAGAGGAGAUGGCAUGUGCACUUGUUCAUAUCCUGCAAAGCACAGGCAAGGCCAAGGACUUUCUAACGGAUCUGAUGAUGUCCGAGGUGGACCGUUGCGGAGACAACGAGCAUCUCAUAUUCCGUGAAAACACUUUGGCCACUAAAGCUAUUGAGGAGUACCUGAAACUAGUGGGACAGAAGUACCUACAGGAUGCUUUAGGUGAAUUUAUCAAAGCCCUCUAUGAGUCAGACGAGAACUGUGAGGUGGACCCCUCUAAGUGCUCCUCCAGUGACCUGCAUGAACACCAAAGCAACCUGAAGAUGUGCUGUGAGCUGGCUUUCUGCAAGAUCAUCAACUCUUACUGCGUGUUUCCUCGGGAACUCAAGGAAGUAUUCGCGUCAUGGAGGCAGGAGUGCAGUAACCGAGGACGACCAGACAUCAGUGAACGUCUUAUCAGUGCAUCACUCUUCCUGCGGUUCCUGUGCCCGGCCAUCAUGUCACCCUCUCUCUUCAGCCUCAUGCAGGAAUAUCCUGAUGAUCGCACUGCACGCACACUCACGCUCAUCGCCAAAGUGACGCAAAACCUCGCCAACUUCACCAAAUUUGGCAGUAAGGAAGAAUACAUGUCCUUCAUGAAUCAGUUCUUGGAGCAUGAAUGGACAAACAUGCAGCGUUUUUUGUUGGAGAUCUCCAACCCAGAGACCAUCUCUAACACAGCAGGCUUUGAGGGUUAUGUUGACUUGGGCCGUGAACUCUCCUCUCUCCAUUCUCUUUUGUCAGAAUCUGUCUCACAGCUUGAUCAGAGUACUAUCACUAAGCUUGGCCCAUUGGCACGGAUCCUGCGUGACGUGAAUUCAGCCCUGACGAACCCCACCGGAGUCCCUGUGUCGUCUCCAACCGAACGUGUGGGCUCCCCUGGACUACCCAGCAGCAGUCUGUCAACCGGUCUGCAGAAAAUGGUCAUGGACAGUGAGAUCACAGGGUUAGUGGAUUUCACUCGCCUGCCCUCACCGACCCCUGAAAAUAAGGACCUGUUUUUUGUGACGAGGAACUCUGUUAUUCAACCGUCACCCGCCCGUAGCUCAAGUUAUUCUGAAGCCAAUGAGCCAGAUGUUCAGAUUCCCAAUGGCAGCAAGAGUUUAUCCAUGGUGGACUUGCAAGACAGUCGUUCUUUGGAGAGUGCUCCCAAUACCUCCUUUAGCGAUCCCAUUAAUGAUAGCCAGACCUCUGUUGGCCAAGGAACUGGAGUAUGGACCACCCGCACAGUUAAGGGCAUCACGCCCAGCAUUCCAACCCUGAGGAGAGCAGGUCAGACCUCCACAACACCGAGCUCAGAGAGCGCCCCAGGGAGGUCUCAGCUGCUCGCCCCUCUGUCCUUCCAGAACCCAGUGUACCAGAUGGCCGCCGGAUUGUCUGUGUCACCCCGUGCCGAUUCGGGGUCUGAAGGCCAGAGUUCCAUCAGCUCCCAGAGUAAUGCAGAAGAGGCAGGGACUGUGGGGCCAAAGCACCCAUUCUUGAGCCAGUCCAGCACGGGUGCCAGUGGUGGAGGGGGCAGCAGUGGGGAAGAAUUUGUACGGCGUUCUGGAGAGUUCACCCGCAGACAGCUGUCUCUCACCGAGACCCAACACCAAGCCAACGUACCACGCCAGAACAGCGCGGGGCCACCGCGUAGGAUAGAUCAGCCACCUCCAACAGUCACAAGGGGCCGCACUCCACCCAGUAUGCUUAACACUGCCCCCUACCCCCGUCCCUCCAGUGGCAGUAUGAUGUCAUCGUCUCCUGAUUGGCCAAGCAGUGGCACCAGACUCAGACAGCAGUCGUCAUCAUCCAAAGGGGACAGUCCAGAAUCAAAGCAACGUACCCUGCACAAACAAGCUCCAUCUCCUGUGAAUCCAAACGCGUUGGACCGCACUGCUGCAUGGCUGCUGAAUAUGAAUGUGCAAUAUUUGGAACAGGAUGGAAUUGACCCAGAUUCAAAGCACCGUGAGGACUUCACAAACAAAGAAGAUCUCACACAAACUGAAAAGUAUCAGCAAGAGAUAGCUCUCCUGCAGGAGAAGCUGCGUAUUUCUGCUAAGAAGCUGGAAGAGUAUGAAUCUCGCAUUAAAAGCAAGGACGACCAGACCCAGAAGAUGCUCCUGGAGUACCAAGCUCGACUGGAGGAUACAGAGGAGCGAUUACGCAAGCAACAGGAUGACAAAGAGCUCCAGAUGAAGAGCAUCAUCACCAGGUUGAUGUCAGUUGAAGAAGAACUUAAGAAAGAUCACGCAGACAUGCAGGCCAUCGUCGACUCCAAGCAAAAAAUUAUUGAAGCCCAGGAAAAGAGAAUUGCAUCCCUGGACGCAGCUAAUGCUCGGCUAAUGAGUGCUCUGUCACAACUGAAGGACCGUUACAGCAUGCAAACGAGGAACGGCAUCUCUCCAACCAACCCUUCUAAGCUGCAGAUCACGGAGAACGGAGAAUUCCGGAAUAGCAGCAAUUGCUAGCUGGAUACAAAUGCACAGGCCUACAGGCCUAGUGAAGGACAAGGGCUAUGGAGAACUGUUAAUAUACAAGACAAUAUGAAAAAAUGCACGAAUGAGUUAAGAUUUACUUCACAAUGUCCUUAGUAUGGAAUCGAAAUAAUUCAGCAUAUCAAGCAUAUGAAACUCUUUAGCUUUGGCAAAAUCUCUUGUGGUCAUAAAUCCAACCAUUUAUACACUUCCUUCACCGGUUUGUGCACUCAGUAUUUAAAACCUAUUGUGUCUUUUUUUAGUUAUUUUAGAUUAUUAGACAUUCCAAAAUCGAAUGUCCAAUCAAAUAUUAUGACGUCUCAUUCAUAGCUCUUGUCACGGGAGAAAUUCUAUAUAGAUUUGAAAUGUGCAUAUUCGCCAUUUGGGUUCAUCUUGCGCAAAGUUAGCAUGCUGGUAACGAUAUGUAAUGAAUGAUAUGUUUAAACACUUUAGUGUUGUUUUACCAUUUUUUUGAUAGACCAGAACCACUCUCCUUUUUUUUAUACAUCUGUACAUUUCAUGUAAACAUUUCCGAAGACAUUUGGGUUGCUUGUGUCACAGCAGGGCAGCAUAGCACAAAAAAAAGGCAAAGCGAGAACUUUAAACAUAAAAAAUGCAUACUUUGUACGUGCGUAACAUUUUAGUCUAUAUGGAGGUGAUACGCCUCAUAUAGAUUGUUAUAAUUUUUUUUAAAAUUAUUAUUAUUACCUGUGCUGAGGUCUGCUGUAAUGCAUAACAAGAUAACAUAAAAAAUAAAAUAACUUAAGCUCCGAUAGUAAAUUCAGGUGCUGUUCGAGACCGGGCAAAGUUGAUGAUAAACUUUAAAGUGAUAGUUCACCCAAAAAAUACAUAAAUUCUGCAAAAUAUUUUUCAUACAACUGAAGUGAAUCUGAGAAUUUGACUUGUACCGUCUUUCUGCCUAACAUCUCCUUUUGUGUAACAAGUGACAAAGAUUAAAUCUUGUGGGUUUGGCGCAACAUGAGAGUUAAUGGGUGAUCUAUUCAUUUAACCGCAAACGCUUAUCAAUGCUAAGACAUGGAGAAUGCACUCUUGCUGCUUGCUGUAUUCGCGUGGCCAAUAUUAGACUCUGCAUUGAGCAUCAUACUUAGGCUACAGUACAGCCGGUGUCUGUCCCUCACAACGUCUUUAUUCCACUCUAUGCACUUUCUAUAUCAUUAGAAUGGACCCUUUAACCAAAACCUGCUUCUCUGGACUUGUUUUAAAGGCUUUUCAGAGCAGCAAGUAUAAAGCAUAUUUCAUUUAGCACUUCUACUGGAUGAAAAAGGUUUGAGGUGAUGUGUGAACUAGAAAUGGGAGACAUGUGAUAGGCUACACUUCAAAUGCAGUUUGCUUUACAAGAACCCUUAAAGGAAUAGUUCACCCAAAAAUGAGAAUUCUCUCAUUAUUUUUUAAUCACCCUAAUGUAAUUUCAGAUAUGUAUGACAUUCUUUCGUCUGUAGAACACAAACAAAGAUAUUUAGAAGAAAUAUCUCAUCUCUGUUGGUGCAUUAAAUGCAAGUCACAAAGUACCAACAUUUUGAAGCUCCAGAAGCACAUAAAGGAAGCAUAAAUGUAAUCCAUAAGACUCCAGUGGUUAAAUCCAUAUCUUAUGAUAAGUGUGGUUUAGAAACAGAUCAAUAUUUAUGUCUUUUUUUUUUUUUUUACUAUAAAUCUCCACUUAUCGCCACCUACUGGGCAGGCAGGAGAAUUUAUAGUAAAAACUACACCUAUCAUAUCGCUUCUGAAGAUAUGGAUUUAACCACUGGAGUCUUAUGGGUUACUUUUAUGCUACCUUUAUGUGCUUUUUCGAGCUUCAACAUUUUGGAUCCCAUUCACUUACAUUGUGAGGUCCUACUGAGCUGAGACAUUCUAAAAAAAAAUUGUUUGUGUUUAGCAGAAGAAAAAAAAGCCUCUCACGUCUGUGAUGGCAUGAGGGUGAGUAAAUGAUGACAGCAUUUUUAUUUUUGGGUGAAAUUUCCCUUUACGAGUCUGCAGACCCUACAAAGGUCCGCUCUAAUAUUACUGGUAUUAAUAUAAUGUGUUCUUGGUCGAGUUUUAGCUUAAAAGAGUUAAAAUAGUUCACCUAAAAAUUAAAAAAAAAAAUUCACCCUCAUGUUGUUCCAAACACAUAUUAAUUUGUUUAUUCCAUGGAAUAUAUAUAUAUAU